UCUUCAAAGUAUCUAAAAAUUAAAAUUUUUUUAUAAUUUAUUAUUAAUCAAAUAAUAACAGCAACUAAAACAUGGAUACAGCAAGUACAUAUUCAAUAUCAUAUUCUGACUGGCUUACGGAACCACGGCGUCGGACAGUGCUAACAAAUGGUGAUUCUGUGCCUUCAACAUCACCACAACCACUGCCAAUUACAGUAACGAGCACCAACAGUAGCAGUUCAAUUGCUGAUCAGGUGCUGAUACAUCAUAAUAGCAAUUAUCAGCUUUCUCCCACCUCAACGGUAGCCACGCGCUACUUUGAGCAUCCACAACUAACAACAGUCAUUUCAGCUACAUCGCCGCAAACGCUACUAUCACCCAACGCCGCCCAUAAUGGAGUGCAUGGAGAUGAUCAAAGUCAUCAUCUGCAUCAGCAGCAACUUGUUGAGGCAGUUACAACCACUGUUAAUUUAGGUCCCAUGGAUGCACCGCAUCAAGUGCAUCAGGUGCAGACACCAAAUGGCACAUCUUUUGUCUAUGAGUACUAUAAAGUGCCGGACAAAGAUACAGAUGCCGAACUACACUGGAGCACUCCAACUGCUGGCAAUAAAUUGAAUGGACAAACCACACCCCUCGACGUAUCUGGCCUAUCACAAAAUGAAAUCCAAGGCCUGUUGCUUGGUGCACACCCAGCGUCUUCAGCAACGGGCACCACAGCCGUUCCAACAACGACAAUUUCACAGCAAUCAACAAUUGUGGAGGCUGCUGGCGGUGGCGCUGCCACAGCUGUUGUUGUCACUGCAGAUCAACAACGUCAACAACAGCAGCAGCAGCAACAGCAACAACAUCAUCAUCAAACCCAAACAAUAAAUAUUAAACGUGAGCCUGAAGAUUUACGCAAGGAGCCGAAAAAUGGUGGUGCUGGUGGUAUUGUUGGUGGUACCAACGGUACAGCUGGCGGCAAUCACGGACAGAAGGUUUUAGUCGAGCAGUCGCCACCACCAACACAAAUACAUAUUAAAGAGCCACCACCCAGUCCUGGAAGCCCAACAACCGAUACAAUGUACGCUGCUGGCGGCGGCACACAAAUCUAUCUACAGGGUCCACAUCAAACUAGCUCUGCAGGCGCUGCCAAUGCCGUUAAUGCACAAACGCCCAGUCCUGGCCCAUACAUCAGUUCUGAUGGCUAUGGCAUGUACACAACACGUCUAACUGCUGGACCAACUUCAACAUUCAUAUCUGAGCCAUAUUAUCGCGAAUACUUCACUUCGGACGUACAAAGCGGUUAUGCACCAGCGCGUGCUGUUUAUACCGAUAAUGAUGGACCACAACCGGGAACCACAUACGAAGGACGUUUCAGUACUUCAACCACCACAAGUAGCGCUGCUGUUGUGCACACCUCCAAAAACUGUGCUCCAAUCUAUGCUAAAACUGUAACUGCUGCCGGUCUAACUGUCGAUUUGCCAAGCCCCGAUUCAGGUAUCGGUGCUGAUGCCAUAACUCCGCGGGAUCAGAAUAACAUUCAACAGUCAUUCGAUUAUACUGAAUUGUGUCAGCCGGGCGCUCUGAUCGAUAGCAAUGGCGCUAUUCCAGUUUCAGUCAACAGUUUACAGCAACGUGGUGCUGUCAGUGUUGUGCACGGUGGUCAAAACAGUCCAACCACCUCACUUGGCAGCACUGGCGCAAAUGGAGCCACACGUUCAAGGCCUUGGCAUGACUUUGGUCGCCAGAAUGAUGCGGACAAAAUACAAAUACCAAAAAUCUUCUCAAAUGUUGGUUUUAAAUAUCAUCUUGAGAGUCCAAUAAGUUCUUCACAACGUAGAGAAGAUGACAGAAUAACAUAUAUAAACAAAGGUCAAUUUUAUGGUAUAACAUUGGAAUAUGUACCAGAUCAAGACAAGCCAAUCAAAAAUUCUACUGUUAAGAGUGUCAUUAUGUUAAUGUUUCGUGAAGAGAAAAGUCCUGAUGAUGAAAUCAAGGCAUGGCAAUUCUGGCAUAGUCGGCAACAUUCUGUUAAGCAAAGGAUUUUGGAUGCGGAUACGAAAAAUUCAGUUGGCUUAGUUGGUUGUAUAGAGGAAGUAUCGCAUAAUGCCAUUGCCGUUUAUUGGAAUCCUUUGGAAAGCUCUGCCAAGGCGGUACUACAACUGGCGACACAUUGCUACGACGACACCCAAGCAAACUCCAAACAACCAAACAACCAAACAACCAAACAACCAAAUAACAAUCGCGAAAAGAUCGAGGCGCAAUUCGCAGUAGCUGCCAUUACGAGUGACAUCACACAGUUCAACACGGUAGUAGCAGCGAUUGAGUCAAGUGUUAUCGCCGAUGUAAGUGAUGCAGUGCUUCAUCCUCCUGAAACUGGAAGAUACGCUAAUUUAAAGGCUUGCAUCAUAGAGCGGUACAGUGAGAGCGAGCAGCGGAAGAUUCAACGGUUGUUGUCAGAAGUUGAACUUGGUGAUAGACGCCCAACACAGUUGCUAACGGAGUUGACAGCGUUAGCUAAAGACAAGGUGAGCGAUGAGUUCCUUAAGUCUCUUUGGCUGAAGCGUUUGCCACCACAAGUGCGCGCUAUUCUGCAGACAUCGAACGUGGCACUAGCAGAACUGGCGAAAUUAGCAGAUCGUAUUUGCGAGGCGGGUGAUUUUCAACAGAUAGCUGUAGCGUCAGCCUCUGAUUGUCCAGCCUAUUCUGAUAAUGCUGUGAUUUUACGAAGGCUUGAGCAAAUCGAACAGCGUCUGAGUCGUUUGGAUUUACGUCGUAGUGAGUCGGUGCAAAGUCGAUCGUCAUCGAGGAGACGUAGGCGAACUCGUUCCCGACCAGGAAGUCAUCCAGAUUGGUGCUGGUAUCACGAAAGGUUUGGUGAUAGAGCUAAUGCUUGUCGGCAGCCCUGUAGUUUUGUGCACGUUUUUCUUCGAGUGGAUCGUGCUCGAGCUCCACUUGAGCAGCCUUACGAAGGUCCAUUUGAGGUGCUGAGUCGUAGUGAGAAGACGUCUGUUAUUGUUUGCCGUGGGAGAGAGGUGACUGUUUCGAAUGAUAGGUUGAAGGCGGCGUACUUAACGUGUGAUGAUCUUGAACAGGUUGUUCCAGAAACGCGUCAGCCUUCAGCGCUGUUGAAUGGUGAUCAGUUAGUGACUUCUGGUGAUUGUAGGCGUGAAUCCCUGUUGCCGAUUCCGAAAGUGACACGAGCUGGUAGAGUAGUGCGUUUUCCAGCAAGCAUCAGGUGGAUGGAUGCUGUUGAUCAUUAUGACGAUUAUCAAUAUCUGUUCAAUCACUAUGUUUACAAUGCUGUCCAUGGUAAUUAUAAUGAUGGUGAUGGUGAUGAUGAUAAUGAUGAAGUUGAUAGUGGUGAUGUUUGUGACUCGAAAUGGCGUACGUACGCAUACGUAAAUACACGCAUGCCUACAUUUUAA